CCUCCGCCGCCUCCCGAGCUGCUGCACGUGGCCAAGGUGCCCGCGAGCCAAGUGCCGCUCAAAAUGCAGUCUUUGCUGGAGCCGUCAGUAAAAAUCGAAACCAAAAACGUGCCCCUCACGGUGCUGCCCUCCGAUGCAGGGAUACCAGAUACUCCAUUUAGCAAGGACAAAAGUGGCCAUGUGAAGCGCCCGAUGAACGCGUUCAUGGUGUGGGCUAGGAUUCACCGGCCAGCUCUAGCCAAAGCUAACCCCGCUGCCAAUAACGCAGAAAUCAGUGUUCAGCUUGGACUGGAAUGGAACAAACUGACUGAAGAGCAGAAGAAGCCCUAUUACGAUGAAGCUCAGAAAAUAAAAGAAAAGCACAGAGAAGAAUUUCCUGGUUGGGUUUAUCAACCACGACCGGGCAAAAGGAAGCGUUUUCCAUUGACUGCCUCCACUGUGUUCUCCAGCACUUCUCAGAAUAUCAUCACUACAAAUCCAACUGCCAUUUAUCCCUUCCGAUCACCCGCUUACUCCGUUGUCAUCCCUAAUGUUCAGAACAAUAUCGGACAUCCUGUCUGUGAAGCUCCUGCCAUCCAGCUGCCAGCCUCUUCCAUUCAGCCUCCAGGUCCCAUUACACUUUUCCAGCCUGCCAUUGCAAGCACCACCUCGGUGGCUGUCCCAGCCCCAGCUCUGCCCCUGCACCCCGUGAUUUCACCGCAGCACUUUGCUGGACCUGCGCAGACAGAAACCCUCGUGUCGUCUGGACCCAACUGCUCUGUGAAGAGACCUACGUCAGCUUCCACGGAGAGCCCCAACAGGAGCCCAAGCAACCCAAGCGCUGCCAAUGCCAGAUUUUCCGUCUUGGAUAAUCAGUCCCCAAAGGAGUAUUCAGAGAUUUCUACUUGUCCUAGAAGCGCAUCUCUUCCCCAGGCUACCCCUCUUCCCCACUCGCAUCUCUAUCAGCCUCCUCCCAUCGGUCAUCCAGCCGGUCUGUUCGGAGCACCUCCGCGGUUUUCAUUCCAUCACCCGUACUUUGUACCUGGACCUCACUAUUUCCCCUCAAGCACGUGCCCGUUCAGCCGGCCUCCAUUUGGCUGUGGCAGCUUCGCCAGCUCAGUGCCGGAAUGCCUCGGAUUCUAUGAAGACCAGUACCAAAAGCAUGAGACGGUGUUUUCACCUCUGGACAGAGACUAUCCCUUCGGAGAGUACCCGGAGGAACAUGCACGGAUCGAGGACUCCCGUAGCUGUGAGAGCCUCGAAGGAAUUGCCUAUUACAACAGCCAGUGCCACGGCCAGGAGGGCUAUUUGAGCCCCAUGCCGCAGCUGGACAUUGGAACAUUGGAGAAUGUUUUGUCAGGCACCCCAUCAACCCCCUCCAGCAUCCAGCAGGUUAAUGUGACUGACAGCGAGGAGGAAGAAGAGGGGAAGGUGUUGCGAGAGUUGUAAUUUUGUAGCAAAGGAUAAUCCAGAGAAAUACUGCAGAAUGUGAAAUAAAUGUUUUCCUCUAACACCAUCUUUUCAGUCGGUGUGUUCAGGGGGAAAUCCCUGUAGCCUGAGUGACCUACGUAGAUCAUUUGAGAACUCUGAUGAUCUGUUUGUAUUUUGAGAGAUCCGAUAUAGACCUGGGAAGGUCCCAAAGCCCCUGGAGUUUCACCUGCUUCAUCAGGGCGUUGUCUGGGCUCUGGCUCAGGAAAGCAGGAGCUUAGACAGGUACUCAGUUCUAAGCAUGUGAUAAUGUGCUUUGCUGGAGACAUGUAUUUAAGCACAUCCUUUUAAUGCUCUUCUGAAUCAGGACAUUGCCUUUCUUUG